GCAGGCCCUCCCCCUCCUAACCCCAGCCUCCAUCCCUGUCCAUAGAGGCUGACUCAGCCCGUUCUUGGGCCCAGAACCUUCCCCGUGCUGGCCCUGGGGGGCCUUUGUUCCCAGAGUCAUGAGGUCUGAGGGGGUGGGGACGCUGUUGAUCCCAGGCACUGGAGGCGGCUCCCGCAGUCCACAUGCAGCGCCGGACGCGGUCGCGGCCCCUAGCCCAGUCCCUGCCCUUCUCCUUCCGAAGGGCCCUGCGAGCCCCUGGGCCCUGGGUGCCUGUCAUGAAGAUGGGCACAGGAUGGGAGGGCCUGCAGCAGACUCUGAAGGAAGUGGCCUACAUCGUGCUGUGCUGCUGGUGCAUCAAGGAGCUGCUGGAUUAAUGGCCGGGAGGGGCAGCGCGCCCGCCCGGCUCGGCUCAGCCUCCCAUUCUCUGCUCUAGCGCCCAGCCCAGCCCCCAGCAAGACUCCUGGGGCCCGCGAUGCUCCACCAAGGAUGGGCCACAGACGCCGUGGGAAGUGCGGCUCCUGCUGCCGGUGUGUGCCAUCCGCCAGGCCUGCCUCUCCGGGCGUCCGUUCCCCGCCCCCACCCCUGGGGCCCCCCCGCGGGCCCCGGAAACUGCAGGAGCUAACAUUCCUCCAAGCCUGGCACAGUGAGCGCACCAGCCCAGAUGGUCGAUUUCUCCAUACUCUGGUAGUGCCGGGAACGGGCUGCGCCCUAACAUCUCUGCUUGAGAAUCACUGAAUAGAUACACGUGUAUACAUACGUAUAUGCAGAUACAAAAUAAAUAGACCUCGAGGCCUGAA